GUGGACGAUAUAAAAGUUGGAAACGAAGAUGGUUCAUCCUGAACGAUAACUGCCUCUACUAUUUCGAAUACACGACGGACAAGGAGCCUCGUGGUAUUAUUCCAUUAGAAAAUAUUCAAGUUCGCGAAGCAUCCGAUCGCAAUAAGCCUCAUUGUUUCGAGUUGUACGCCACAGCUUCGGAAUUCAUAAAAGCUUGUAAAACGGAUAGCGAAGGGAGGUUGUCGAAGGUAAGUUGA